UCCUUUCCGAUCCGCCCCGCAGGAUUGUGGGAAGGCGCCAAGAUGGUCGCUCUCUGAGGAGUCUGUGCUGGUUUGAAGGGCUCGAUGGCGGCCACGCUGUUGUGGGGAGCCUGGCGGAGUCUCCUGGGCCGCAGCUCGCUCGCUCCUUGCCGAUUCAUCGCAACAAAAGGUCCUUACUCUUUCAAGGUGAAGGAGCCCCCGCGACCCAAAUCGGUUGACCGAUGGACAGAGAAACGAGCACUAUUUGGAGUCUAUGAUAAUAUUGGAAUUCUGGGGGAUUUUUUGGCUCAUCCCAAAGACUUGAUAGUUGGCCCAAAAUGGUUGCGUGGAUGGAGGGGAAAUGAGCUGCAAAGAUGCAUCCGCAAAAAGAAAAUUGUGGGUGACCGUAUGUUUGUUGAGGAUUACCACAACCUGAAGAAGAGGAUUAAAUAUUUGUACAAACGUUUUAAUCGUACAGGAAAGUAUCGCUAAGUGUAGCUCUCAAAGAACUGUCAUUCGUCUCUGAGUACAUGGUAGACUGUUCUUACACUGUGCAUAACCUGAGGGAAGUGUUCAAAUUAUCUCCUAAUUCAGUUUUUUGGUUGUUUAAUAUUUUAUAUCUGUUUCCCUUCAUCUCCAGUGCAUUAUUUUGUAAUGCACUGAAAUAUCAUCCCUAAGACCCACAUUUGUUUAAUGAUUUCAAGAUAACAUUUGUUGCCGUUUCUUUCAUGUUUUUGGUAUAUGAGUGCACAGUGGCUGCUACAUAUGUGUCCUGUGAUUAUUUACAUCUCAAAUAUUUGUUCCUUGGAUUUUCUCUACUUCAUGCUUAUUUCAGAAUGGAAAAUAUUCUAUAAAGAGAAGACAAUUUUGUUACAAUACAAAUAUCUGCAAAUGUGUCAGUAAUGAAGUUACAAAAAUAAAAGUUUUGUCUCUUU